AUGGAUAUUAAUUCAUCUACCAAGGAGGAAACACCUUCAAAUGGUGAUGGUACAAAGGAUAAACCUAAUUGUGCUGAUGAUAAUUCUUCUAACAAGGAAGAAGAAACUAUUCGAAAUGAUACGAAACGAAAUUCUUCUUCGUCUACAAAACCAAUAAUUAUUCAUCAAGAUGGAGAAUCUAAUACACCACCAACAAUUGAAAAAUCAAAUUCUCCUCCUACUACAAUAACACAUAGUCAAUCUUCACCUAAUAUUUUCUAUCCGAAAGGAAAUCAACAAGUUUCUAAUAAUUUUCGUCAUCAUCAACAGAUAGUUUUCAAUACACCAUCAACAACAACAAUAUUUGAUGCUUCCCAUCCGUCUAAUUCUAUCGAAUUAAAAGAAGUUUCGAAUAGUAAUACUACCGUUGCAAUUCCCCUUCAUCAAACAAAUCAAACUAAUCAAACUAAUGUCCAAUCGACAAGAAAUGGAAAAUAUUCAUCUCUUGCCGAUAAUUCCUUCUCCUCUACUAACAUGCCUUCACCAAAUCAUUCAACAACUGUCAGUCCAAAUAAUACGAAAGGUGAGACUAAACAAACUCUCAGACAUCGAGCAUUUUCGAAUGUAAAAUUGAUUUCACCUAGAAAGAGACUGAAACAAUCUCCUUCCACUUCUAGUUUUCAAACUUCUUCUGAUUCUUGGGAUGUAAAAGAAAAUCGUAAAGAAUUGGAACAAUUAUUCGAUUUUAAAAGAAGAGGUUAUUCGAAAGGAGGCACCAAAGAUUGUUGCUUUAAUUUCUGGACAGCUAUUUAUAAUACACUUUGUCCAGUGAAUAGAAUUUCGAACAUUUUACUCUUCAUUGUAAUUAUUCAUACAUUAGUUUGUAUUAUUGCAACUUCAGUGAUUUUAUAUUCUGCGUAA